AUGUCAAAGUACGCAGCCGUUGUAAUCGUCGUCUUAAUGGCUGGUAUUCAAUAUGGAUCCCUCGCAAGAGUUCCUGGAGUUCCAACUGAGGUUGGACGUACGCAGAAUCCCUGGGACUCCCUAUCAACUUUACUAGAUAAACUACCCAUGAAGAAGAAAUUUCCCCCGCCUAAGUUCGAGCUGAUCGGUUCCAGGUAUUUCUACAUCGAAGAAAAUAACCAACAAAAUUGGACCACCGCUGCCAUGACUUGUCGCCAAAUGGGCGGAUAUCUAGCUGCGAUAAAGGACGAAGAGGAGGCACAGGCCAUAAGUGAGAGACUCACUACGCAGGGUCAAUACUUUUUAGGCAUCAAUGACCACGAAAAAAAGAGAAGCUUUGUGUCUUUGGCUUCUGGCAAACCAGCGUUUUUGAAUUGGAAAGAAGGUGAACCCGACUACGUUUAUCAUGACCAAAAUUGCGUUACUUAUGACAAAGACGACGAAGGCUUGAUGCUGGUGACGUGCUCCAAUAAUGAACCCUUUAUUUGCCAGGCAGAUAACGAAAUAUAG